UCCGAAGGAGGGAAACGUUCUGGAGCAGAUCGUCUGUACCACUCCAGCCGUUCAAUGGCUGCAGGGCUUCGUGCCCAUCUCUAAGACGUUAUCAGCACAAUAGAUUUAUUGCGACAGAAAAUAUUUGUUUGUUUUCCCCCCGCGUGUUUCGGGCAAGACAGACACAAGUGAAGGGGGACUCCAUUUUUAAGACGCUAUAAAUCUGCCCGGGUGCAAUCGGCAAGGACUUUAAAUGCAACACACCCUUGGGCGCGCGGCGGAGAACGCCUGUUACGCACGAGGCGAGCGCGAGACGGGGGCAUUUCCGAACAAAUCUAUUAAAUGGUCGAACUCUAAAAAAUACGACAGUGGCUUUUGGAACGAGCAUUUCACCUGAUGGAUCUUCAAAAAAAACUCUGCUGCGGUGGCAAUGGGGCUGUCACAUGCCAGCGGGACCGAGAGGAGAUAACUGGGGCAACUGAAAAUGCCAUUGUUUUUCUUCUGAAUUAGUCCGUUCAGCACACUACGUAUGAGACUAACGACAACCGUAACUCCAAAAGAGAAAAAAAUCACAACACUGGCUUCGCCCUAAGACUUUGAGAAAUUAAGAAACAGAGUCUUUGAGGAGGGUGAAGAUGCCUUUUCACCAUGUGAGAGCAGGGCUGCUCUACACAGACAACUUCCUGAGCACCUCCCUCUCCGAAACCAGCGAAGAACAGCUCGCCAACAUCUCCACAGAGGAGCUUGGCGAGAUUCGAGAGGCGUUCCGAGUUCUAGAUAGGGAUGGGAACGGAUUCAUCUCGAAGCAGGAGCUGGGUAUGGCCAUGCGGUCUCUGGGGUACAUGCCCAGUGAGGUGGAGCUGGCUAUUAUCAUGCAGAGACUGGACAUGGACGGUGACGGACAGGUGGAUUUUGAUGAAUUUAUGACAAUACUGGGACCGAAACUUGUUUCUUCUGAAACCAGAGAGGGCUUCUUAGGAAGUACAAUAGACAGCAUAUUCUGGCAGUUUGACAUGCAACAGAUGUCCCUGGAGGAGCUCAAACACGUCCUGUUCCACGCCUUCAGAGACCAUCUCACCAUGAAGGACAUCGAGAAUAUAAUCGUCACCGAGGAAGAGAGCUUGAAGGAGAACUCAGGAAACUGCCAGACCGAAUUUCAGGGAGUGCAUUCGAAAAAGAAGAAUCGCCAGACGUGUGUCCGCAAGAGCCUCAUCUGCGCUUUUGCAAUGGCCUUCAUCAUCAGCGUCAUGCUCAUCGCAGCCAAUCAGAUGUUGCGGAAUGGCAUGGAGUAGCCCCGCCCACUGUGAACCCUGCUCGAUCUGACCUCUCUUUUAAGAAACACGCAUCAGAAACUCCACUUUCUUUUAGUUGGAAGAGCGUGGGGAGCCCACCGAGCAGAGGAUGCGAAUCCAGGGAGAGAGAGUUUUGCGUUUUAUAUUUAUUUCGAAGAUCGUGAUUGUGACAGACUUAUAAACGGCAGUGAGGGAUGUCCUCCAUCAUCAGCUUGACAGGAACACGCAAGGGCUCCUCGCUGGAUUCCAUUUAAUGCAAUAACAUCCCGCGUCCCUCAACGCUGCGUGUUUUUUCUCAUUGCUGUCUUUGAAAGAUGACGACUUUGUACUUUAUCUCAUUCCAAGUCAUGUCAGAUGGGAAGGACGAGGAGUGAUUGGCAGCCUGUCCAGUGGAGCCGCUGCAGGACGUCUGGCAACAAGAACAUGAUCACGUUCAUCUCAGAUGCACUGUAUGUUUGGUUCGGAAUAGCAUACUAUCGUAUUAUUACUUUUACAGUAUGCAAAGAAAAUCACAAAUCACCACAAUAUGCAGGAGUACUGUAUCCCACAAUGCAUCUUAAUGUUUUGAGUCUGAUUUUUUUCUUCGACUUUGAUUGGACUGUCAGUUAGUAUUUUAUCGGGUUGAAAAAGGGAAAAUAGCUAUAUAUUUAUUUUUCAGAUUAAAGUUUAUUUAUAUUGCACAUAACGAUCAUUUAAAGUUGUCUGAAUUAGCAUAACUGAGAGAUAAGACGAUAGAGAAAAAUUAUGAUUCAGAAGAGAAAUAUAUAUAUAUAUAUAUAUAUAUAUAUAAGUUUCAAUUAAAACUGAACAUGCAAUGUGAUCAAAUUAAACGACGACAACAUAAAAAAUUACUGUCUAAAACAUUUAGCUUUGCAUACUGUGUACUUUUUUCACAUACUGAUUAAAAAACAUUAGUGAGAAGUACUAUUAACUGUUUGGGGUCAGCAAGAGUUUUUGGAGGUGAAGAAAGAAAAUUUUUCAGUCUUGGUGAAUUAAAGGGAUAGUUCACCAAAAAUGAAAAUGAUGUUCUCAAUCAGUCACGUCAUUCCAAACCUCUAAGACCUUCAUUCAUCUUCUGAACACAAAUGAAGAUAUUUUUGAUGAAAGCUUUCUGACUCGGAGCAGAUAGCAACGCAACAUAUAUUUAAGAUAGAGAAAGGUACUAAGGACAUCAUUAAAAUAGUCUGUGUGACAUCACUGGACGUUUGACUCAUUUAUUCCCUUAGUUUGAUAAUCAGAGGAGAGAAUAAAUUUAUACAUUGUGGCCAUUAUUUCAAAAACAAGAGGACAAAUGAAUAAGGCCACGAUUUAACCAAAAAUAAAGGAGAGAGGGCAAUAAAUUUGAAUAAAUCAAGGGAACAAACGAACAAUGAAGACAAGUAAUGGCUGCUGAGAAUUCAUUAAUAAAUUACAUUUGAUUUUAAAUGGUAAUAAUACUUCACAUUAUCAUUAACCCAUAUCGACCCGAAACGUGUUCCCCCGUGUAAGCAGAACAGACUGAUUUUCCAUUGUUUGCUACAUGAUUUUAAUUACAAAUGCAUUGUGGCUUUCCAUAUUGUGCAAAGCAAGUGGGAUGAAUUAAAUUCCACACAUUUCCAUUUUGCAGCACACCUCGUGCAUUCUUUUAAAAUGAAAAUUAGAAGUCUGUUCUAUUCAUGCCAUUAACUCUUGUUUUGUGUGUCUGCACGAAAGAAGACGGUAUAACACUUUGAUUUUAAAUAUAGCAUCAAUGUCUAAAUGUCUGCAUAUAUUGUCUGGUUCACAUAUAUAUAUAUAUAUAUAUAUGACACUGAACUUCUGCGGAAGUGUCUAUGCUACAUAGUUGGACUUUUUGGUCCAUUUUGAGUUUUUAUUCACUCUCAGGCUCAGAGAGUCAGUGAAUGCAACACAAACUGCUCUGAAACUACCAGAAGUAAACUGGUCGGUCUCUACAAACAGCACUUUUUUUUUUUUUUUUUUUUUACAGUUACAGUCUGUGUGUAAUAUAAGUAUUUGUCUACCUGUUUGUCUAUAUAUUUAUAAUGUGUGUGCACAUAAGCCCCCUUCCCCGUGUUCCUUAUUAUUGUGUAUACAGCCGUUUGUCACAGUCCCCUGUAUAUUGCAUGUGUAUUUAUGCAUAUAGUGCCACACAAAAGUCGUCUUUGGAUUGUCUGUUCGACCGUGUCAUGUUUGCAUGUUAAGAACACUAAUGGAGUGCUUUUCCAAGGUCUUUACCGCUUGCAGACGUUUGCUGAGAGCAUCGGGCUAAAUGUCUGAACUCCCGUUGUUUCCUUCCUGUAAGAAUAUAUUAUAUGAAACAGUACCAGCAUUCUGUCCAAAUAUACACUGCAAAAAGAAAAGCGGAUUAUUAGGAACCCUUUGAUUGAGGAACGGUGCAUUUCGUUUAAUGAGGAGAUCUCCAGAUCAAUGGCCCCAUCUAGAGGCCCGUUCUGAAGAUGUGAGGGAACCAUUGUAGGUCACCAUGGAAACACGCCUUUAGCGUUGUGAAAUAACUACAGUUAAGAAAGAAACCUUUAGCAAAAAGACGUGGAAACGGGGUUGGAAUACAGUGUAAAUUCCAUAUAUAUCAAUUUAAAGUGUUGCACUUUGUUACCUUGUUUAAUAAUAUAUUUGUUCCCUGUUCCUUUCAUUUCUCACAAAGGCAGAUUAGAGUUUAGAAAUCAACGUUUAGCCAUUAUUCUGUGUAUCCCCCUGCUUGUUGACAUCUUGUUAGAUUCUUCGUUCUACUAAAAUUACCCUCUAGUUCACGGGCAUUUUGGAUAUAUAAAUUGGUAAGGGUUUUAUUUGCUACUGUCUUUUAUAUUUUUUUGAUUUGUAUCAUUAUUAUUUUUGAAAUCUCGCAGAUCUUUUUAAUUUCGUUUACUCUCAAUCCAGAUCCUAACUCCAUCGGAAUUCGAAGCAUGCCAAAUAAAAUUUUCUAUGUAUGUAUUUUUACGGAGUAUAUCAAAAGAAGGAUUAUUAAUAUGCAAAACGGUAUAGAUCUUUGCAUGCAGGGUGUGGAUUGACAGAUUAAAGCAAUAUGGUUUUUAAACGAACAAAAAAAAAAAAAAACAUGUAUAAUUACGCGUAUCGAUACACGAAGAAUAUGAAGAAAUAAAAGCUAUUUAUCGAACAUGAUAA